UACCUCGCCCUCACAAAGCCGCGUCUCGCUUUCCUCGUCGUCCUCACCACGACCGCUUCAUACUCGCUCUAUCCCGUACCCUCCCUCCUCUCCACCGCAGCCACACAUACACCCUCACUCAGCAGUCUAACCCUGCUCUUCCUCACAACCGGCACAUUCAGCACAAUCGCCUGUGCGAACACACUGAAUAUGCUGUUUGAAACCAAUCACGAUGCCAAGAUGUCACGUACACGCAAUAGACCAUUGGUCAGAGGACUAGUAAGCUCUCGUUCUGCCGUCAUUUUCGCUCUCGCUGCUGGAGCCGUCGGCACUGGGAUUCUCUGGUACGGAGUUAAUCCCACGACUGCCAUGUUGGGGGCUGCAAAUGCCGUGCUGUAUGCAUGCAUUUAUACACCAUUGAAACGCAUUCACCCUGUCAAUACCUGGAUUGGCGCCAUUGUGGGCGGUAUCCCACCACUAAUGGGUUGGUGUGCAGCAGGGGCAUCUGCAGGUGGUUGGCUCCUCGCUGCCCUUCUGUUCGCAUGGCAAUUCCCCCAUUUCAACGCCCUAUCCCACCCCAUCCGCCACGAAUACCUCGCCGCAGGCUACCGCAUGCUAGUCUCUCUAAACCCACGCAUGAACACCCGGGUCGCUUUACGCUACUCCCUACUCAUGUUCCCCAUCUGCAUAGGUCUCAGCUAUGUAAACGUCACAGACCGCUACUUCAUUCUCACCUCCUCUGCGAUGAAUGGCUGGAUGGCUGUAGAAGCUUUUCGCUAUUGGAGAUCUGGAGGUGGCGAGACCAAAACUGCUGUUUUGAGGGCUAGAGGCUUGUUUUGGGCCAGUGUGUGGCAUUUGCCAAUUGUGCUUGUUUUGGCACUUUUACAUAAAAAGGGGCUUUGGGAUGGUGUGGUUAGGAGUGUUGGGCAUGUUUUGGGGUUGAGAGAUGGGGAGGAAGAGGAGGAUGAGUGGGAGUGGGUGGAUGACGAGUAAAGUAUCCCUUCUCCUCCUCCGUACUCUUUUUUUUUGUAUAUUCUUUGUAUGCAUAUGUUCAAAAUAACUCUAAUUCUUGGACGGUUCUUCCGACCGGUAUGUUUCGGACUAAUACGAUGCCAAGGAGAUGUUUAAUGAGUGACAG